UUAUAUAAUGAUUUAGUGAAAAAUGACACUGAGAAUGCUAACACGCGCUACGUCAGGCAGUGAUGAUGAAUACGAUUCCUCUGGCUUUCACCGCGGUUCGACAGUGCAUAUGAGCGGCUUCGACCCUGACUUUACCGUUGAUAACUGCCGUGCUUUUGCUUCGUGGUUCUCCCCAGUGGUGUAUGUUGAAAAGGUUUCUGCCCCGAAUAAAAUUUCGCGCUUUAUGGUUGUAUUUGCAUCUACAGCACACAUCGAGCAAUUGCUAAAGUGCAAGGAUAUUACGUAUAACAAUGCUACAAUUGAAGUUCAUCCAAUGGGUCCUGAUGAAUCUGUAUGGGAGACAAUGGGCGAUAUGAUGACGUACUCAGGCGCUGUACCUAUAUUGCAGAUGGCUCAGGAUGGUCUCAGUGUGGCUUUUAACCAAUGGUCUAUCGGUUGGGGUGGCUACGGCCAAAAAUGAUAUAAACCGAUUUGUUUGAUAUUCCUUAUUAUCUAGGUUGACGUAUCAAUUGUACAUAUGCCAUGAUGCUGCCAUUUUGUCUGCAAAUGGUUGUGAAGAUUUACAAUGCAACAUGGCUGCCAUCAUUUUUCUGCGUGGCGCGUAGUAUACAAAUUUUUGUAGACUCAUUAAUC